GAUGGGCAUAUGAGACAUUGGGAAAAUAUGCUACAAUACUAUCCAUUUUCAUUAUUAAAUAAGCUGUUAUAUGAAAGUAACAUUGUAAUACUGUGCAAAAUAAGUCAUAUACACUUUACCCGCAUAGCACAUGACGUUUGUCAAUGGUAUUUGUAGAGAAAUGUUGAUUCUGAACACGCAUGAGUAGAGUUACAAGGCACAGUGGUGUGGCGUGCAAGCACAUUUGAAAAAUGACACUUUUCUUGUAAAUAAGCAGAAAGUACUAAAGUUAAAUAAAGUGCAUCUGGCUGCUUGACAUUAUGAAUGCUAAAUGAACGAUGGAAGCUUCAACAAAAACAGAUGAUCUUCUCAUAUUAAUGGAAGGCUUGGUAGUGGCAGUGGAAAAUAAGUCAGAUGAUAUAUCAGACAUACUGGAUUCUCUUGUCUCUCAGAUACAGGUUUCUGGAAGCAAUUGUGGAGACUGCAGUUCCUUUGUGACACAGCUGGAAACAUUAUUACAGUGGGAAUCUAAAGCUACUGUAGCAAGAGCAGCACAGGUAGUGGCAGAAUUAGCAAAGUCAGAAUCUGGACGUGAAAACUAUGGAAAUAUAGCAAUUCUCAAGAUACUAGUUGAACUUAUAAAGACUAAGGAAGAGGAUUUGGACAUACUAACUCAAGUCUGUAGAGCUUUGGGGAAUAUAUGUUAUGAUAAUGAUAAAGGUAGGAAAUUUGUACUUGAUACUGAGUGCUUGCCAGAUUUAUUGGGUGUCUUGGAACGGUCAGUUAAUGAAACUGGUGAAAGGGGCAGAACACUUCGAAAUGUUGCAGCUGGAUUUCUUUUAAAUUUACUUAUUGGACAAGAAGACAUUCAAGAAAAGGCAAUAGAGCUGGGUGUAACCAAAUUGUUAUGCAGUGUCUUGGAACUUGAUGGAACAGUUCCAGAAGGGGAAGAAGCAUCUACACAUGUUCUGUUGAUUCUUGGACUUCUCACUGACUCAGUGUCCCCUUGUGAUUCAUUAUUGGACGAAAAAUUGUGUCAGGUGACUGUCAGAGUAUUAGGUGUGUCUUCAUCCCCAGAAGUUAGUGAGCUAUGUCUGGAACUCUUACAUGGACAAGCUGAAAAUGAGAAUGUUAAAAACCACUUGGCACAUGCAGGCUUAUGUGAGUUACUGGUUCAGCUGUUAGAGAAGCAUAAACCUCUCGUAGAUGAUGAUGAAACUAGAAACCUUAUGAAGAUGGCAUGUGAUCUGAUUGUCCUCAUUCUUACAGGUGAUGUUAGUAUGAAUGCCCUAUAUGCAGAAGGAAAGGGUAAAGUUUUCCAACAGAUGGUGGCCUGGCUAAGUUCAGGGGAUGAAGAUUUGCAGAUUACUGGUGUUCUUGCAAUGGGAAACUUUGCUAGAACAGAUAAACACUGCAUUCAGAUGGUAGAAGCUGGCGUUAGCAAGAAACUUUUAGCACUUGUUGAGAAGAAUAACAAACCAUCAGGAGACAUACGACUGCAACAUGCUCUUCUCAGUGCCCUCAGGAAUUUGGUGAUACCACGUCAAAACAAAGCCAUGGUGUUGGAAGAUGGCUUAGUGGAUGCUGUGUAUCCUAUGCUGGCCAUCCCUACCUUUCCUGUUGUGUUCAAGUUACUUGGCACUCUACGUAUGGUCAUUGAUGGGCAGGAAAGUGCAGCUUGUAAACUUGGGCGGAAGAAAGAUCUUGUCACCAGUUUAGUGACUUGGUGUGGGACUGAGGAUCACCCUGGUGUACAGGGAGAAGCUAAUCGAUUAUUGGCAUGGCUCAUAAAAAACAGCAAGGAUCAAGAAGUUUUAACGACAAUUCUAGAAAGUGGAGCAGUUCCAUAUCUUGUAGAUAUGCUCAUUGCAGAACAUGCUGUUAUGCAGAAUGAAGCCCUUCUUGCACUUACAUUGCUUGUAACGAUGAGACUGACUGAUGCUGAAGCAAAUCUUCUUGAAGCUAAGAUUGGUGACAAAUUAACCACAUUGCUUAAUGACUUUGGACCAUCACUGACAUGUGAAAUGGUACAAAACAUCUUGUCAUUAGUUGACCAGUUGACAAAAUCAGGUGUCCUGCUGUAUCAUCUUGUUAAUUCUGGUGUAAGUAGAGCACUGUCUAAGCUUUCUUCUGAAGAGAAUGUUACCAGUAUCAAUGAUCAGAUAACUCAGUUGACCUCUAUGCUUGAUUCUGGCUGAAUUUGGAGUUUGUUUCUUGUUUAGUUACUUGCUGCAGAAUUAAUUUCUUUCUGUAUCUCUUGUGAUCUCAUUAUCUCAGUGUUUCAUCUACUCAUUUGAGAAUUAUCUUUUAAUGAUGUCUUGCUUGUGUCCAACUGUUUAAAGCAAUUUGCUAUUUACCUAAACUACCUUCAGCUUUAAAGCCUACUAAUUUUUUAAUCAACUUGUACACACACACACACACAUAUAUAAAUAUAAAGUAUUUAUAAUUAAUAUAAAUAUUAUAAUCACCUACAUACAUUUAUACAUAAUGCAUUAAUAAUGUAUUGCUUUUUAUUCCUUUAGUAUUUAUGUGCUAUAUUCGUUUAAUCUUAAUAUGCUAAUUCAUU